AAAGGGGCGCGCCCCCUAGUGGCUUGGCGAACUUCGUUCCGUUUUGACAAGUUGCAGCGAUUUUUAAUACGUGUUUUUGUUUGUUUGUUAUUGUUGUAUUUGGCAUCACCUUAGUGCUCAUCCCGCGUCUGCCCGGGUCGACCACCAUAAAACCCAAUGUAGUUUGUCUCCUGUUUCCCCCGGUUGCUGUAAGUAACUGGGAUGUGGGAAUUUUAUAUUGAUAAACUAGUAGACCGUGUCGUUCAGUGAUAAAUUCAAAGCCAACGAGGGGGAAAAGUGGCCAGAAAAGAUUCCCGCUUUGUGUGUCGAAAGUGCCAGCGGGCGUCCAGUACGACGACGUUGGAGCAAUGGCAGCCGCCUUUGUUCAAGGCGAGCGCCCCUCCGCUCUCCACAUUAACUGACUGAAUUCUUCCUCACACUAUUCAACGUUUAGGGAACUACACGGUUUUAUAAAAAGGAAAGCCUACGCUCGCUGGAAGUCGUACGUGUUAAUUGUGAAGCCGUUCGUGUCGAAUCGUGUGAACACUGUAAGCCGAGAAGACGACGGAAGGUUUCCUUCCAAGCCAACGCGUGUGAACUCUGGUUGACUUGACUCCACCAAAAUUUGUGACUCAGCUGCUUCAGUGUAGUCAUGGAAAAAGAAUCGGACCAUCUACUCCAUUUUCACUGCCUGCUACUACUAAAAGAUGUAAAUCCAAACGGCGUCUGAGCCCGCCGUGGCCGUUGGCGUGAUGGGGCUAGAUUUUGACGUGAAGACCUUCUGUCACAACCUGCGGGCCACCAAGCCACCCUACGAGUGUCCCGUGGAGAGCUGUCGGAAGGUCUACAGGAGCUACAGCGGUAUCGAGUACCACCUUUACCACUAUGACCACGACAACCCGCCUCCCGCGCAGGCCGCGCCCCACAAAAAGCGCAAGGGCAGGCCGCCUCGCGCAUCUCUAGCCAGCUCGUUGGAUAUGGACGACGGCGGCGGUCAAGGGGGAGCGCAGGGGCACGGCGGCAACACGCCCGGCAGCCCCGGGCACUCGGAGCCUUCGCAUUCCCCCGGCAGGGACACAAUGACAUACGCGCAGGCGCAGCGCAUGGUGGAGCUGGAGAUCCAAGGACGUAUUCACCGCAUAAGCAUCUUUGAGAACAUCGACGUCGUGUCUGAGGAGGACAGCGAUGCUGAGAAUGGGCCACCAUCUGUCACAGGCACCCACUCCGGAGGCGUGUGUAACGGUAGCGAUGGCGGAGGCGAAGCAGGCGGCGCCAGUAAGGACAGGUCUGACAUGCCAUCUCCCAACGGGGGCAAAGCCACGCCAAAGUCGGGGAAGCAUAAAAGUAAGGAGAAGAAGAAGGAGGGAUCGUCCCAUCACCACGGGAAUCAGUCGGGGCCCACGGUCAAGCUGCCUGAGGCGGUCUUUCGAGAAUUGGACCAAGAGAGGCCUGACGCACCUCCUCGCCCGACGUCCUAUUACAGGUACAUUGACAAGUCUGUGGAGGAACUAGAUGAGGAGGUGGAGUACGACAUUGAUGAGGAGGACUACAUCUGGCUUGAUAUCAUGAACGACAAGCGCCGGCUCGAUGGUGUCACUCCCAUCCCUCAGGAAGUGUUCGAGUACCUCAUGGACCGGCUCGAAAAGGAGUCCUACUUUGAAAGCCAUAACAAGGCGGACCCGAGCACCCUGAUUGACGAGGACGCCGUUUGCUGCAUCUGUAACGACGGAGAGUGCCAGAACAGCAACGUGAUCCUCUUCUGCGACAUGUGUAACCUAGCCGUCCACCAGGAGUGCUACGGCGUGCCGUACAUUCCGGAGGGCCAGUGGUUGUGUCGCCGCUGUCUGCAAUCGCCGAGUCGGGCAGUGGACUGUGCCCUUUGUCCCAACAAGGGAGGAGCCUUUAAACAGACGGACGAUGCGCGCUGGGCUCACGUUGUGUGCGCCCUCUGGAUCCCGGAGGUGUGCUUUGCCAACACAGUCUUCCUGGAGCCCAUCGACAGCAUCGAGCAUAUUCCUCCCGCCCGCUGGAAGCUGACCUGCUACAUCUGUAAGCAGCGGGGCUCUGGCGCUUGCAUUCAAUGUCACAAAGCAAACUGCUACACGGCCUUCCACGUCACAUGCGCGCAGCAGGCGGGUCUUUACAUGAAAAUGGAGCCCGUCCGAGAGACUGGCGCCAAUGGGACCUCCUUCAGUGUCCGUAAAACGGCCUACUGCGAUAUUCAUACACCACCGGGAUCUGCCCGUCCUCUAGGAGGGGUCGGCGGCACCAGCGGUGCCUCAUCUCAGAGUGAAGGCGAACCGGAGGAGGAUGACGAGCCCUCUGUCGGCCACGACGAAGACUCCCGGGGUUGGAGCUCGGAACGUUCCAAGCGGGCAAAGGCCAAGUCCAGGCUAAAGAUGAAAAGAGCUAGGAAGAUUUUGGCUGAGAGAAGAGCUGCCGCUCCGGUGGUAUCUGUGCCGUGCAUCCCUCCCCAUAGGUUGAGCAAAAUCACCAGCAACUUAACGGUACCUAGGAAGAGCCAGUUCAUGCAACGGCUUCACAGCUACUGGACCCUGAAGAGGCAAAGCCGCAACGGUGUCCCGCUUUUGCGUCGUCUUCAAACGCACCUGCAGUCACAACGACACAUAGAGCCCUUGCCGCCGCAGCCUUCUGCCCAACUUCCUGUGAGAGACGGUGAGGAGAAGCAAACUGUUUUAAAGGAGCAAUUGAAGGCGUGGCAACGACUAAGACAUGACUUGGAGAGGGCCAGGCUUCUCGUGGAGCUCAUUCGCAAAAGAGAAAAACUCAAAAGGGAGACGAUUAAAAUGCAGCAGAUGGCACUGGAAAUGCAGCUGACCCCCCUCCUGGUGCUUCUGAGGAGUACGUUGGAGCAGUUACAGGAAAGAGACAUUAACAAUUUCUUCACGGAGCCCGUACCCCUUGCGGAGGUGCCAGACUACCUUGACCACAUCGACACGCCGAUGGACUUCCAGACUAUGUGGAACCUUCUUGAGUCUCAUCGCUACCUGACUUUUGAGGCGUUCGAGGGUGACUUUGGCCUUAUUGUCAACAACUGCCUCAAGUACAACGCCAAGGACACGGUGUUUUACCGGGCCGCCUUACGCCUUCGAGAGAUGGGUGGAAUCGUCAUCAGGAGCGCCAGGCGGCAAGCGGACAGGAUCGGUUUCGACUACGAAAGCGGCAUGCACUUGCCUCGGGAAGCCAGUCCCGACACGCGACGAGAACAAGAGAGGGAGCGCCGACAGGAACGGGAAAGAGAACGAGAUUGGCCCUUGUCGUCCAAUGAAGAUGAGCUCCUUCUGCCAGAAAACAGGCGGCGGCUGCCUUUGGAGGAACAGCUGCAUUAUGUACAGGCGCGUCUGGAGGAGGCUAGCUCGGGGAAGCACAGCAUCGGCCAGUCUCGUCGUGCCAAAGCUCUCCGCAAGGAGCUCAGCGUCAUCAAAAGGAAGCUGGCGCAUCAGCGAGAAGGCGGCUCGGGGGCAAGGGACACCCUCGGAGGAGGGGGUGGGGAUCGGGGCUCGCUUCCUCAUCAUACGUCGUCUGCCGGGCACCACGACGAAGGCGAGGAAAGUAGCAGUCAGGAGCUCGGAGGAAAGGAUCUGAGCGUGUCGUCAUGUGCCUUGGCUCCAGAGGUGGGCAGACGGACAUCCGUCCUCUUCUCGAAGAAGAACCCCAAAAUGGCUGGACCUCCAAAAAGGCCCGGACGCCCCCCUAAAAACCGGGACCCUGGCUACGCCACGGCAGGGGUCCUUCCCAGCCCCAUAGGGCCCCCUCAGUUGCCCAUGCUUUCGCCGAGCAGGCAGAGAAAACGACCUCGAAGCCCACACACCAGCUCCACUUCAGACAGCGACAGUGACAAUGACGACCUGCUGCCAGGUCUGCCAAGUAACGGUUUUGACGGGGGCAACCAGCCUGUAACGGAGAGCUUCCGCGUGUACAGAAACGACACGCGUCUUCCACGUUCGAGCUCCGAUUCUGAGUCAACCACCAGCAGCAGUAGCAGCGCAGCCUCUGACCGGACAAGCACGACGCCCUCGAAGCAAGGCAGAGGGAAGGCGUCGUUCUCGCGCUCUGCCUUCCAGGAAGACAGCAGCGAGGAGACGUCUGGCACAGAAAACGAGUCGUACUCAGUGGGAGGCUCUCGGGGUGUUUCGCACUUGGUGCGUGGUCGUGCUCGUUCGGGAUGCUGGAUGACGUCAGACGAUUAUUCGUCGUUGGAGGCGCUGGACCUGGUGUGGGCCAAGUGCAGAGGUUACCCGUCAUAUCCUGCUCUGAUCAUAGACCCCAAAAUGCCCAGGGAGGGCGUUUUCCACCGCGGCGUCCCUAUCCCUGUCCCCCCGCUGGACGUUCUUAAACUCGGAGAGCAAAUGACCCAGGAAGCCCGGGAGCACCUCUUCCUGGUCCUCUUCUUUGACAACAAGAGAACCUGGCAGUGGCUGCCGCGCUCCAAGCUGGUGCCGCUGGGCGUGGACCAGGAGCUGGACAAAGAGAAGAUGCUGGAGGGCAGAAAGUCUAACAUCCGCAAGUCUGUGCAGGUGGCUUACCACCGGGCCAUGCAGCACCGCAGCAAAGUGCAGGGGGACCCCAGCAGCGAGACCUCUGACAGUGACUGAAAAGCCCACUGCCCUGUCACGUUUGGUGCAGUGGCAUGUGCGUUAUCAUGGAUCCACACUCAUGGAAACGAUCUGUGAGGGCUGGCCGAUUCAUCAUGUUGAACAAAAUCCAAAUCAUGGCAAAGAUGGCAGAAAAUGCAGGAGGCCUCACGUGGGACAAACUAAACCACGAGGCCACAUUCAUCCCCAUGGCGCCAACAUGACCGACAUACUUCUAGGGCCUGAACGCUGGCAGUUUCACCUAAUUUAUUAUGCGUUCUGCUACUCCAGACAUUUGGCGGUCUUUUUAAAUUUUUAUUUGUCACUUGUAAUAUCACCGUUUCCUGUUUUUAAGCUUUUUGUAAUGUCACACAGGUUGUUAGGUCAGCGACCAAAGUGAGGCGCACGAUAGCCUCGCUGUCUCUUAGUCCCUUGGUUGAGCGCUUUAGAGCAUUUAUAUGAAUACAGAUUGCAUAAGAAUAGAAGUUUAAUAAAAAAAUAACAAAGGAAACAUUUUUUCGUACGUGUGGUCUG